AUCGUUGUUGAUGAAGAAGAGGAUAUGGGCGACGUCGUAUCGGCACGUCCAAGGCGUGUGUCCGAGUUGACGCAAAUGAAACAACAGAAACCAAUCCCGAAAGCGUCAGUGUUCUGCAAUAAGAUCGUCAAUCAUUCAUAUUUCACGAAUAGCGUUUUGAUAUGCAUCUUGGUAUCGAGUGCUAUGUUAGCCGCAGAGGACCCACUUGAAGCACAAUCGCCACGUAAUACGAUUUUAAACUACUUCGAUUACUUCUUCACGACCGUUUUCACAGUGGAGAUAACUCUGAAAGUAGUUGUUUACGGGUUGGUCUUCCAUAAGGGUUCAUUUUGUCGGAACGCAUUCAACCUAUUGGAUAUUCUCGUUGUUGCGGUAUCGUUGGUUUCUUUUGUGCUCAAAUCAGACGCCAUCUCAGUGGUCAAAAUUCUCCGUGUUCUCAGAGUGUUGCGUCCACUGAGAGCAAUCAACAGAGCCAAAGGACUGAAACACGUAGUACAGUGUGUGAUCGUGGCGGUGAAGACUAUCGGUAAUAUCAUGCUGGUCACCUUCAUGCUCCAGUUCAUGUUCGCCAUUAUUGGUGUUCAACUGUUCAAGGGAACCUUCUUCAAAUGCAACGACGAAUCAAAGAUGACCGAGCAAGAAUGCAGAGCCACCAUCGACAGGGUCAUUCACGUACCAGAAAAAAUUACUUAUAAAGUUUUAUUGAACGGCAUAUUGCGCCUUUAA